AUGGCUGUGGAGCUCAGCGAAGAAGAAAAACAAGUGGUUUUGCAAAGAAUUGCGGACUUGAAAUUGUUAAAGUCUAAACAUAAAUCAAUCUAUACAAAGACAAAAAACAAACUUUUACGGUGUUUAGACGUUGAUAUCGAUGAAGAGUUGGACAAAAAAGAAAUUCGAAAAUAUCAGGACUAUUUAGAUGAUGCAAAUGAAGUUGCUUUAGGGACUAUGCACAAAUUGUGUUCAUCUUACAGAGAAGUAAAUGAUUUAGAAAACGAAAGAAAAGUUAUGGAAGAAAUUGACAUAAUUGAAAAAGACUAUAGUGAGACCCAUAAAACUGUGUUUAAAAAGUCUACGAAGGCUUCACUGCCAGCUAGUGCUACAACCGAAGGUUUAGGCAAAGAUAUGUGGCAGCAAUUAAAAAGGGUACAAAUUCCAGUAUUCACAGGUGAGAAAAGAAAGUAUGAAUCUUGGAAAGCGGCAUUCAAUGCUUGUAUUGACAGUGCACCGUCUACUGCUGAAUAUAAGCUCUUGCAGUUAAGACAAUAUUUAUCUGGUGAGGCAUUGAAGUCGAUUGAAAAUUUAGGGCAUUCGGCAGCUAGUUACGAAGCAGCAAAAGAACGUUUAGAUAGAAAGUUUGGCGGUAAACGAAGGCAAGUUAUGGCAUAUCUAGAAGAAUUAGACAAAUUUCCGGUAAUGAAAGAGGAGAGUGCUAAAACUAUCGAGAAAUUUGCGGACUUGUUAGAUAUUGUAGUGAUUAAUUUGAUAGAAGCAGAAAAGGAAGAAGAUUUAGGAGAUGGAGCACUGUAUUUGAGACUUCUGAAAAAAUUGCCUGAAACAAUGCUUACGAGGUAUAAUCGGUGGAUUUAUGAAUCUAAAGAAGAUGAAUCCGUUCAAACAUUAAGAAAGUGGUUCAAUCAGGAGGCUAAAUACUAUGUUGCUGCUGCCGAAACUGUUCAUGGACUUUCUGGAGACAAGUGGAAGCCUUCAAGACCACAAGUAGCUACUCACUUUGUAAAUAACAAAAAAAGUCAAGGAAGCCAAAAGGUCUGUAAAGUCUGUUUUGAUAAUCAUGAUGUUUGGAACUGUUACGUGUUCAAACAAUUAUCACCAUCACAGCGUUGGGAAAAAGCUAAAGAUCUGAAGUUGUGUUUUCGGUGUUUAGGAAACGGACAUGCUGGUAGUACAUGUAAUAGAAUGAAAGUUUGCGGAAUUCAAGGUUGUAAAAAGAACCAUAAUAGGUUGUUACAUAAUGAAGAAAUGAAUUAUCAAAAUGCGGGUAACAGUUUGUCGUUACACAAAGAUGAAAUGAAUCAACAAAAUGUGCCUACAAAUGAAAAUGCGACAAGUCAUCAUGUUCAACAUCAGGAUCAUGAUAAUGACAAUCGUUUCUCAGUACCAAAUCGGAUUUCACUUCGCACAGUUCCAGUAAUAGUGAAAAAUGGAAGUAAACAGUUGACUGUAAAUGCACUGUUGGACGAUGGCAGUUCAAAAUCAUACAUUAAUGCAGAUGUAGCUGCAGAAUUAGGAUUAGACAUAGUAUCUAAUGCACAGUUGAUAACAGUAAAUGUUAUGAAUGGUAGAAAAGAAACUUUUGAAACUGCACCUGUGAAAUUUCAUAUUGAAGGCUUGAAUGGUCAAGUGAAAAUGGGAAUGGAGGCUACAACAACAACUUGUGUAACAGGAAAUCUCAGAACAGUAGACUGGAAUAAACAAUCUGGACAGUUUAAACAUCUAAAUGGUAUACAAUUUCCAGUGUGUAAGAGAAAAAAUACAAUAGAUUUAUUGAUUGGGGUAGAUUAUUCAGAUUUACAUUACUCGUUACACGAAGUCAGAGGGGAACCCGGUGAACCAAUAGCUCGUCUCACUCCCUUAGGCUGGACUUGUGUUGGAUCCGUUGAAAAUUCUGUUGAAAAAUGA